AUAUGGAUCGGGUGGUCUCGUGCAUUUAUCCCAUGAAUAAUGCCGAUGGCCACACGCUGUCAUUACACUAUUUCGCGCCGUUCUUUUUUUUUUGCGGGCGCGACCUGCACUUUUCCACGCUUAGAAAGACAGGCACAAUCAACCAAUCAAUCAAUACAUUUAUUAUUAGUAUAUUUGUUUGUUCGAUAGUUUAUUCGUUCAUUUAUUAGUUUUCAAUUGAGACACUUGCCGAUUACGUAUCAUGAGCCUAGGGCCCUUGCAAUAAACCUCAAAACCAAGUAUUGGGACAAUUACACACAGGUACACAGAUACACAUGGCACAUCAGGGCAAUGCGAUUCUUGGAAUAUUUCUGGCGACAUACUCGUCAAAGGGCGACUACCUGCCGCUGCGGUACCCGAUGACACCGCAGGACAUUGAGAUUGCAGAAGGCCUAUUGAAGGAGGCAGAGGCGCGGAAGCGGGUGGCAAGAGAGGAUCGGGGCGCUGAGCCAGACGGCGUGGAUGAUGAGGCGCCAGUUGUUGAAAUGCUGGCACCUGAGGCGGAGGUGGAGGUGGAGGUGGAGGCGGAGGCGGAGGCGGAGGUUGAGACGGAGGGUGAGGCUGAGGCUGAGGCGGUGCCGGCGGCAGAGGCGCUAACAACGGCGGCAGAAGCAGCGGCGGCAGCAGUGGCCGCAGCAACAGCAACAGCAGAAACGACAGCAUCAGCACCAGCAUUAUCACCAGCAGCAGCAGCAACAGUAGCGCCAUCGGCAGCGGCAGCGGCAACGACAGACGAGGCGGGCGCAGAGAAAUCAGCGAGGGACAACCUGUCGCGCACAGCCAGCUGCGUAUCGAUUGGAAACGCGAAUGUAGGCGUUAACCCGCAGAGCAAGACGGCCAGGCUCGGCGGCAGCGACAGCAGGCUGGACAAGGACAAGGACAAGGACAAGGACAAGGACAAGGACAAGGGCGGUGCUGCGGCGUGUAUUUCGCAGGCGAUCCACGGGUUUGACCCAAAGUUCCUGGCGCAGAUGUUCUCGCCGCGGCCGUCGAUGAGCGACCGGCGGUUCCAGGUGGCGAUCGACGGGGUUCUGUUUGUCGGACACCCGCUGCGCGACGACACAAAGGAGAAGGCGCUGGACCCAGACUACUACGACGCCGAGCAGGACGACGCCGAGACGAUGUCGCGGCUGGCGUCGCUGGGCGAGCUGGGCGAGAUGGACGGGUGGAAGGUCAAGUCGGACAUUCUGCUGCACCGCGGCACCCACCAGCAGGGCUCCAAGCUGAUGGCCGACCUGGGGCUGAUCAACCUCAUGCUGAACCGCGAGCCGAGCGAGGCCGGCGACAGCGCGAUCUCCGAGGGCGAGCGCGCGGUGCGCGACAGCCACGAGUGGAAGCGGCGCGGGUACCGCAAGCGCGUAUACCCGAGCCUGUUCCACGUGGUGGUGAUGCUGGACAACACAGCGGCGGGCGUCAACGCGCUGGCCGACCGCGUGUACGAGCACGUGCUGCGGCGGCUGACCAAGGCGCUGAUGAUCGAGCAGAUCGAGGCCAACUACGUGCUGACGCAGUCGCGGCUGAUCCGCAGCCUCAACGAGGUGGCGGCGGCCGAGGCGUACGGCGCGGCGCGCUACCUGCGCGAGCUGCUGCGGUGCUCGACGCUGGCGGCCGACCUUGUCGAGCUGUUCAACGGGCUGCGGCGCAGCGAGGUUGUGCGGCUGCACGUGCACCGCCGCAUCGCGUUGUCGCUGCACAUCCCGCGCGGGCCGGCGCUGGAGCGGGCCGCGCCGCCGGCGCCAGCGCCGCGCCCGGUGUUCUGGACCGGCGGCUACGUGGUGGCCGACGGCGGCGGCUAUGCGCCGGCGGACGGCAGCGCGGCAGCAUCGGCGGCGCACACGCCGCGGCCGCAGACGCCGGCCGACGGCGCGCCGGUGGCGCCGGCCACGACGCGGUCCGUUGCGGCCGACGUGCAGGAGUACGGCGAGGCGCUGCACUUUGGGCCGGCGCCGACGCUGGCGCAGGCGCAGCUCCACACGUACCAGGCGCAGGCGCACGCGCACCAGCUGCACACGCCGCAGCGCCUGCACCGCAUCGGCGCGCUGCCGCCGCCCGGCAUCGUCGCGGCCGACCGCGAGCUGGGCCCCGGCGACCACGCGCAGUACCCGCGCAUCGAGGCGUACCACGCGCUGCUGCUGACGGGUGACGACGCGCCGGCGCUGCGGCGGCGGCUGCAGCUGACCGACGCGUCGCCGACGCUGCUGGCCGUGGUCGACAAGGCGUCGCCGACGCGCACGCUGGCCGUGCUGCACCGCAUGGUCGACUGCUCGUUCGCGCAGCUGCUGCGUGUGGCCGCGCACCUGGUGUACUGGGGCGCGGCGCGGCUGGUGUGCCCGGUCAGCCUGGGCGCCACGUACGCCGUGCAGCGCGUGCCGCCGACGCUGCACGCGCGGUUCGCGGCGCGCGCGUUCACGCUGUGCUCGCUCGCGCAGCUGCUGGCGCGGCUGCACCCGCCGCGGCCGGCCGCGCAGGUGCUGGAGGCCGUGGCCGGCGCCGCGCGCGCCAAGGACCGCGGCGUGCGCGGCGAGUUCCGCGAGAUGCUGGUGCUGCUGCUGCGCGAGGACGCCGUGGCGCAGCUGCACACGUGGCCCGUGGCGCUGGUGCCCAGCCACGUGCGCCACGGGCUGUCCGAGGACCGCUUCGUGUGCCUGGCCUUUGCGUGGUUCCGGUCGCUGCACGCGGCGCACCCGGACCUGCUGGGCGCGUUCCCGCGCGCGCUGCUGGACCGCGCCGAGCUGGGGAGCUGGCUGAACGACGAGCAGCGCGAGCGCGCCACCGUGCGGCUGGUGUACGACGCGACGCGCGACGCCGAGGCGCGCGUGAUGCUGGGCCACGUCAUGCGCAAGCUGGCGCUGCAGCGGUCGCGCGCCGCAUGGGACGCCAAGCGCCGCGGCAAGCACGGCGCCGAGCUGCGGCGGCUGGAGCGCGCGAUGGCCGCCGAGGAGGCGCGCGUGCACGCCUUCUGCGACCGGCUGCAGGCCGAGCGGCUGGACGCGUGGGUGCGCAGCAAGGCGCAGCACGAGGCGGCGCUGGCGCGGUCGCGCGCCGAGCGCCGGGCCGCCGGCGCCGAUGUCGCCGAGGGCAGCGAGCUGCACUGCUGGUAUGCGUUCAUCCGCCAGGACCCGGACCUGGCUGAGCUGGCGCGCGAGGUUGUGACGCGCUUUGUGGCGAUGGUGCCGGCGUCGCCGCUGGCGCUCCGGUCGCCGGCCGAGGCGCGGUUCCUGGCGCGCGCCGCCGAGCGCCGCCCGCAGCCGCUGCAGGAGUGGUUCGUGCGCAACGCCCACCUGCUGACCGGCGCCAACCACCUGGUCAAGCUGGCCGACGCCGUCGAGCCGCUCAACCACCGCGCCGACGCCAAGCAGCGUGAGCUGGGCGCCAAGCUGCGCGAGCUGACGCUGGUGCUGCGCGAGCUGGACGGGGUGGUGGAGCUGCCGCAGCACGUGUGAGCGGCGUGAUUGGUGCGAGUGCUUUUCAAUUCAAUUGGCGCAGAUUACAAUACGAGGAGCCAGGCAGCCGCGCGAUGUUCUUGCUUGGUUGGCUGGCUGUGCAUCGUUCGCAUCCCCUCUCCCUUUUCGCUUGCGCGCUAUUCCUUGCUUUUCGUUCUGCUUUUUUUUAUUUCGCCUUACCCAAUUACCCCAGCUAUCCAAUUGCCCAGUUGCCCAGUUAGCUGCCCAAUUACCCAGAUCCCACCAACCCAUGGAGCGCGCGCCCAGCCGAGCAAAGGCCUCCAAUAUUCUGCGCCCCGCCAGCCGCGCCCAGGGCGCAGCCGACAGCCAGCCGCU